UACGUUUCGCCCCCGGCAGCGCGGACAGCGGAGCCAAGAUGGCGGCCGAGUUGGAGUACGAGUCUGUGCUGUGUGUGAAGCCGGACGUCAGCGUCUACCGGAUUCCGCCCCGGGCCUCCAACCGCGGUUACAGGGCAUCUGACUGGAAAUUAGACCAGCCUGAUUGGACUGGUCGCCUCCGAAUCACUUCAAAAGGGAAGACUGCCUAUAUCAAACUCGAGGAUAAAGUUUCAGGGGAGCUCUUUGCUCAGGCACCAGUAGAACAAUAUCCUGGUAUUGCUGUGGAGACAGUGACAGAUUCCAGCCGCUACUUUGUAAUCCGGAUCCAGGAUGGUACUGGGCGCAGUGCUUUCAUUGGCAUUGGCUUCACAGAUCGGGGAGAUGCCUUCGACUUUAAUGUCUCCUUGCAGGAUCACUUCAAGUGGGUAAAGCAGGAAUCUGAGAUUUCCAAGGAAUCUCAAGAAAUGGAUGCUCGUCCUAAGUUGGAUCUGGGCUUCAAGGAAGGACAAACCAUCAAGUUGAGUAUCGGGAACAUUACAAACAAGAAAGGAGGUGCUUCUAAACCCAGGACUGCAAGGGGUGGGGGCCUGAGCUUACUCCCACCCCCGCCAGGAGGCAAAGUCACUAUUCCCCCACCAUCCUCCUCAGUUGCCAUCAGCAAUCAUGUCACCCCACCACCCAUUCCGAAAUCUAACCAUGGAGGCAGUGAUGCAGAUAUCCUUUUAGAUUUGGAUUCUCCUGCUCCUGUCACGACACCAGCACCAACUCCAGUUUCUGCAAGCAAUGACUUGUGGGGAGACUUCAGCACUGCAUCCAGAUGGAGUUUCGCUCUUGUCACCCAGGCUGGAGUGCAAUGGCAUGAUCUCGGCUCACUGCAACAUCCGCCUCCUGGGUUCAAGCAAUUCUCCUGCCUCAGCCUCCCAAGUAGCUGGGACUACAGGUUUGUCCAGGUAACUUGCAUUGGCCAACAGAAUCAGAGCAAAUACACCGUACACCUUAUCUGAAUAAAGGAUGCUACUACAUGGUUCAGCUUACGAGGAGCUAUUCUGUGAUCUCAGCUUCCAGAAUGAGAAAAACACUUGGAGAGGAGCCAAGCAGAGCUGCAGUCAACUCCAAGGUGACCCUAAGCACAAGUGUAAUGUGAGUGAGAAAUACAUGUUUGUUGUUGUAAGCCACUUGGAUUUUGGGGUUGCUGGUGAUACAGUGUAAUCCAGUUACAAUGUGACUUAUUCCAGGGAGAGAGCUAUAAUUUUAGGAAUAUGGUUUGCUUUCUAAUUAUGAGCUUAGAUUGUAAAGACUCUGAAAAUCAAUGAUCAUUAUUUCAGGGAGUAUAUGUGCAUGUAUACCUGUCUACGUGCACGUGCUGGUUAGGCCCAAUAAUUAAUCUGUGGAGAACUUAAAAUUCCCUUAUCCUUCCCUUAUGCUUUGUCAUUCCCCUUUCCCUUUUCUUACUAAAUAAUUUGAUUCUAAAUAAAGCAGUAGCAAGAUAGGUGUCUGUGGUGAGGUGGCUGGGAGAGCAGCAGUGUCCUGGCACAGGGUGAGAGCUUUAGCAGGGUGAGAAGGGUGACUGUGCAGCAGGGUGUUGGCUUGACAGUGGUUCUGGAGCCCAAGCAGAGUGAGAAGAACAUCCCGUGGGGGUGGGAAAGUGUCCUGGCGUGGAGAACCAGAGCGAGGAGAUAUCCACUCCUGGCAAUGGCCCAGUGCAGGGUGUCAGAGGAUAAGAUUGAGGAGGGUGUCCAUAGUAGGGGUAGCCUGAUGUGAGAGGUCAGAGUCUGAGAGAUAAAGAAGGCAUCUAUGUGGUGGGAUAGUCAGGUGCAGUGAGUUGGAGUGCAAGCAGGGUGAGGAGGGCAUCCAUGUGUGAGGUCACCUUCUAUAGGGAGUCAGAGUCGCAAAUGGCUGAGCACAGUACUCUAGGGCCAGCCUGGUAUGUAUGUCAGCAUGUGGGAGAGGUGAGGAGGACACCCAUGCCUAGUGUUGGCCCAGUUGGGGUUGGGACUCAGCACUUAAGCAGGAUGAGGAGAGAGAGCAUCCUUGCAGAGGGUAGACCUGGUGUGGGUUUCAGAGACCAAGCAUGAUAAGGAGGGUGUCUAUGUGGUGGGGUAGCCCAGUGAGGGCACUCAGAUCCUAAGUAGGGUAAGAUGGGCAUUAUUGCUGGCAGAUGGAGGACCUGCAUGGAGUGUCAGAGUCCAAGCAGGAUGAAGAAAGCUUCUAUGCAGAGGGUAGACUUGGUGUGCGUUUCAGAAACUUAGCAGGAUAAGGAGGUGGUCCAUGUGGUAGAAUAGCCCAGUGAGGAAGUCAGACCCUUCCAGGGUGAGGAGGGCUUCCACCCAUAGGGUGACCUUGUGUGGAGCAUUAGAACCUAAGGGGGUCUAAGUGGUGACUAGGGGACCAGCAUCAGGAACCAGAGUGCAAGCAGAGUGAGGAGGGCUUUCCUGCAGAGGAAUGGCCUAGCAUAGGGAGUCAGAGCCUUGGCAGGGUGAGGGGGAUGUUUGUGGGGGGAUGUUCAUGGGGGUGGGGAGUGGGCUGGCCCUUUGCUGGCACUCUCAGAGUGAGGAGGGAAGGCAUCAGCGCAGGAGAUGGUGGCUUGGACUGGGGAGUCAGAGCCCAACUAGGAAGAGAGGGACAUCUUAGCAGGUGGGAGAUUGAUGACAUCCAGGAGAUUGAUCAAAUAAGGAAUAAGUGAAAGACAAUGAAAGCAGGUUUCUUACUGUCACAGAAAGGAGUUAGGAAUGUGGGAAGGGAGAAAACUAGAAUGAAACCUGUGAUGUUAGAUUGGAAUUAGAGGAAUUAGUGUGAACUCAUGGUGUUCAAUGUAUUU